AUGCUGGAGCCGAACGGGCAUCGCACCACGCCCACUGCCAAUGGCGAGACGUCGCGGUUUCGAUCUGUGCCGAACGGCGGAAUAGACUACGAUGCGAGUUCCAACGACGAUGACGACCGCCGACCUAGCAGUGCGCCCGACCAAGGAGACCAAUCUGCUUCUGCCCAGGCACGCGACCGAAAUGGGAUAGAUAAAUCAGCUCGACCGAACAAACCAGGAUUACACAGAUCGAAAAGCGAGUUUGGUCCUCGCCCAACUGACGAUACCGAGCACAUCGAAGAGGUCAUAUCCGAAUGGGGAACGCGCCAUGGGUUUGAAGACCAUUACCAAUCGGAGCAUAUAAUCUCACAGCUUGCCAAUAAUUGGUACAUGUACUUCACAGAUAAACGCCAUGAAACAACGGGCAAGCCCAAACCCCCACAGUAUGAGUUGCAGGACUGGCGGCAGAGAGAUCGGCUAAAAACCGUAUCUGCCGCCCUGGCUGUGUGCCUUAAUAUUGGAGUUGAGCCUCCUGAUCAACUCAAAACAAACCCUGGCGCCAAGCUAGAGGCUUGGACAGACCCGACCGUACCGCCAGUUCAGAAAGCACUUGAAAAUAUCGGCAAGGCUCUCCAAGCCCAGUAUGAAACCCUGGCAAUACGUGCCCGCUACAAGCAGUAUCUUGAUCCAUCGGUGGAAGAAACGAAGAAGUUUUGCAUAUCUCUGCGACGCAAUGCCAAGGACGAGCGAGUACUGCUUCAUUACAACGGACACGGUGUGCCAAAGCCCACUUCCUCUGGUGAAAUUUGGGUGUUUAAUAAGAACUACACCCAAUACAUUCCUGUAUCGCUUUAUGACUUGCAACACUGGCUGCAGGCGCCCACUAUCUGCGUGUGGGAUUGCUCCGAGGCAGGCAAUAUUCUCAACAACUACCACCGAUUUGUCGAGAAGCACGAGGAGGAGGAGGACAAGGCGGCAGAGGAGAACUCUGGCUACGAGAAGACUAGUUUCAGGCCGUAUAUACACCUGGCAGCGUGCGCUGUGAAGGAAAACCUCCCCACUAACCCCUUGUUACCGGCUGAUCUGUUCACCUCCUGCUUGACUACCCCCAUCGAGAUGGCAUUGUGGUUCUUUGUUCUACAGAACCCCCUUAAAACCAACUUGACGCCUGAGAGAGCAAAGAAGCUUCCCGGAAGACUGCAGGAGAGGCGAACUCCACUGGGCGAGUUGAACUGGAUAUUCACCGCCAUCACAGACAGCAUCGCGUGGACAUCCUUGCCCCGGGACGUUUUUCGAAAAUUCUUCCGGCAAGAUCUGAUGGUCGCCGCACUCUUCCGAAACUUUCUUCUGGCCCAGAGAGUCAUGAUGGUAUACGGCUGUCACCCGCAGUCUUACCCAGCGCUACCGGAUACGCAUCAACACCCCCUUUGGGAGACCUGGGACCUCGCCGUAGAUAUGGCACUGGCCCAGUUGCCCAUGCUUGAGCGCAAGGAGAAUGAGAGCAUCGAGUACGAGUACCAGAACUCGACCUUUUUCACCGAACAACUUACCGCCUUUGAGGUGUAUCUUACAAGAGGCGACGCUCUUGCUCAGAGGCCGCCAGACCAAUUGCCUGUUGUUCUCCAGGUCCUCUUAAGCCAGCAGCAUAGGGUACGGGCUCUGAUUCUCCUGGGAAGAUUCCUAGAUUUAGGACCCUGGUCUGUGCAGCUUGCCCUCAGCAUCGGGAUCUUCCCAUAUGUCCUGAAGCUGUUGCAAUCAGCAGCAGUUGAAUUGAAACCAGUCAUGGUCUUUAUCUGGGCAAGAUUGAUAGCUGUUGAUAUUUCUUGCCAAACUGACCUCAUCAAGGAUAGCGGGUACAGCUAUUUUGCCCAAAUUCUCAAGCCAUCAGAAGUACUGCCGGUGGUGGAUGGCGACGAGCACAAGGCCAUGUGCGCAUUCAUCUUAUCUAUGCUAUGCAAGGACUACAAGAAUGGCCAAAUGGUCUGCAACCAAACUGAUAUUAUGACCUACUGCCUUGAGCAUCUUCAGAAUGAAGGCAAUCCGUUGUUGAGGCAAUGGGCGUGUCUUUGCCUUAGUCAACUCUGGCAAGGCCUCCCCGAAGCCAAAUGGAGGGGGAUCCGAGAAAACGCGUACAUGAAACUGGCAUUCCUGAGAAAAGAUCCUUGCAGUGAAGUACGAGCGGCCAUGAUUCAUGCCAUGACAACAUUCCUCGGCAUUCCAGACUUGACCGAAGAAGUUGCCCGCAUAGAGGAAUCGGUCGCAUGGACGAUUUUGGAGAUGGGCAAUGAUGGAAGCCCUGUGGUUCGUAAGGAAUUUCUUGUCUUCCUAUCCCACUUUGUUGUGAGAUUUGAGAACAAGUUCCUUGUGGCAGCAUAUGAUCAUCUGGUCGAGGAGAAGGAUUAUCUCAUGUUCCCUCCCCAGGAUGAUGGGCAUGAUCACAAGAUGGGACUUCACUACGUCAGGCCAGACAGUCGUAACCAAGAUGGCACCAUCAAGUCCACUGCCUACGGUCUUUCUCACAACACCGUGUUCAUGGCUUGUUGGAAGCACGUGUUGAUCCUCAGCGUAGACCCGCACCCGGAGGUUCAAAAUUUUGCGGCUAUCAUUGUGGAUUAUAUGCACAACGCCUUGAUCAAUUCCAGUGUUGGAGCACCGGCACAAGGCCUGAUGGCAGAAAUCCAGAAGUACGCCCAAAAGGCAGCAAGUCAUCAGGCCGCCAGCUCAAGCCAGCGGAUCGGUCUCAUGGGUGCGACCAGCACGGCCCCCCCUCCAUCGCCAGGUCUCUUGCGUAGAACCGCAAGCUUGCUCUUCCCAUCGUUGAUCAGUGGAGAGGAGAAGCCAAGACCAACGACGCCCUCCUCGAUUAGCGGGGGAGGCCCUCCCAGAUCACCCUCAUCUGUUCAAUUUUCCACCCCACCAGAGCAGAAUGAUUAUGUCAAUGGUCACGCAACCUACAACGCUGCCCCCGAACCCCUCUCCGGGGCAUUCGAGACACGAGACCUGUCUGAGGAGCCUUCAUUACCUCUGUCCAGCGGUUUCCUGGAUUGGGCGAUCGAGUAUUUCCGAGAACCUCAGAUGAAACCUAGUGAGGCAGAUGAGCCAGGAAGUACGGAAUACAAUGAACGUUUGUGGAGGCGUUCGCGAAACGAGACAAUUCUGAGGGAAACACAGCCUUUGAAACAGUUCGCAGGCAGCCACAGGUGGAACAAUCAGCUUGGUAUCGUUAACAAUGGGGCCCAGCCGGCUAAAAUGACGUUCCAUCAGUUCGAGGACCAUUUGGCAGUAUCCGACGAUGGAAAUACUGUGAACAUUUGGGAUUGGAAGAAACAAGGCCGGCUGAGUCGGUUCAGCAAUGGGAACCCCUCAGGGUCUAAGAUCAGUGACAUGAAGUUUAUCAACGAAGAUGACCAAGCAAUACUGCUCACCGGAUCCUCUGACGGCGUUAUCCGAGUAUACCGGAACUAUGACAGCGAUCAAAACAUCCAGCUCGCAUCAGCAUGGCGCGCCCUGACACAUAUGAUCCCUAGUAAUGUCAACUCAGGUAUGGUGUUUGAUUGGCAACAGGUGACGGGACGAGUUCUGGUCGCCGGGGACGUCCGAGUGAUCCGUGUAUGGUACGCCGCUCAUGAGACAUGCGUGAUGGAUAUUCCAGCAAGAUCCGGAUCCUGUGUCACGUCGUUGACGUCGGAUCAAAUGACUGGAAAUCUCUUCGUGGCCGGAUUUGGUGACGGCGCUGUCCGAGUAUUCGAUACGCGCUGCAGACCGCAAGAAUCCAUGAUCAGGAAAUGGAAAGAUGAAAAUGAUCGACAAUGGAUCAAGAGCGUCCACAUGCAGCGAGGAGGCCAGCGAGAGCUGCUGAGUGCCAGCCGCAACGGCAAGGUCAAAGUGUGGGAUAUCCGCAUGGAUAAGCCAUUGCACUCUUUCCAGGUUACACGGGACACCCUGCGAACCGCCAGCACGCAUGAGCACCUCCCGGUAUUUGCAGUGGGAACAUCUGCUCAUGAAGUGAAGGUUUUCAACCUUGAUGGACGACCACUCUCCCGGCUUGAGCCAUACUCGAGCUUUUUGCACCAGAACCGCGGCUCUCCCAUCUCUGCUACUGCAUUCCAUCCUCACCGGCCAAUUCUGGGAUGUGCGUCUCAAGGUGAUCACCAUAUCAAUCUAUUUACGUGCGAGCAAGCGGAACCGCUGCAUUUGGGCUAG